GCCCAAGAUUAUAGUCAAUUGAUGGAAGACGAAGAUAUUAUGAAUAGCCGUCACGAGUCAAAGUAUGCGUAGAGAGCUACAUUUGAUUAGGUCAGACGAUCGAAUCGCAUGGCUUAUUUUGUUUCAGAGGGCAAUCAGUGACUUAUUUUCAAAUAGUUUUUCUAUAAAUUCCACUUUGUUUCAGUAAAUUUAGCUUCUUUGAUGUCGGGUGAUGAGUCAGAUUUUUCCUAGGAGAAUCAGAUUUUGAUAUUUAAAGGCUGUUUCUGUAACCUUCAUUUCAUCUUGGUAAAUUUAAAUUGCUCGAAGUCCGGUGAUGGAAUGAUACGGUGAGAUGGAUUUAAGGCUGUUUCUGUAACUUCCAUUUUAUCUUUAUAAAUUUACAUUGCUUGAAGUCCGAUGAUGGAAUCGUAUGGUGACAUGGAUUUAAGGCUUUUUCUGUAACUUUUUGUUUCAAUAAAUUUAAAUUGCUUGAAGUCUGGUGAUGGAGACAUAUGGUGAUGGAUUUAAGGCUGUUUGUAUAAUUUUCAGGAAAUUUAAAUUGCUUGAAGUCAGCUGAGAUUGAAUCGCAUGGUAAGGUGAAUUGCUGUUUGUUGCAGAAGACAAUUAUCAACUCUGUUCUUUAAAGGCUGUUUCUGUAAAUUGCGCAUGCGUAAAUGGCGAGGUGGAUUCGAUUGGUAGGGUUUGAAGGGGAAGCCUCUCACUUGUCCAGCGCCGCCGCUUUUCUAGCGGUGGUCGUAUGCGUGCUCGCCGUGGCGACUGUGGCAGCGGCUCUCUGCGCCAAGGAAUAUAAAAAUCAGCACAAGAACAGGCGCAGCAUGGCUUGUACGGCGGCUCCACCAGGUUGUUUAGGAAAUUGGAAGGUAAAGGCUGAGUCGAGGGGUAGGGGUUUGAUCAAAACUUUCAGAAGCAAAAGCCUCCUGUUGAGCAAAAGAUGGCAACGGAGCGAGAAAGAAGAGGGGGUGGAAUAUGCCGGCGACGCAAAGGAAGAUAGUGAUUUCCUGUGGCAGAAGAGAAUUCUGAUGGGAGUGCGCUGUAAGCCUCUGAAUUUCUCAGGGCAAAUCCAAUAUGACCAAAAUGGAGAGCGUUUGCCUAAAUUUCCCCUGCGCUCCCCUAAACCUAACAACGUCUUCCUUCCUUCUCCAAAGGUGGAUAAGGAGGCAAACUGAGUUUUUUUCCAGUGUUCUUGAUUUUGGAGACGUCAAAUACUUCACAGAACAAGAGAUUAGAUGGCAAAGAUCUCCAUGAUCGGAUUUGGAAAGACUUGGUUGAUAAUAUGGAAUCACAACCUUAAGAACGAAUUUACAUUGAAAUCAGAUGCCAUGAAAAAUUGGAGAGAAAGGUGAUAUCUUGUAUCGAUCCAUUUUACAAUAUUAUUGAAAAUAUAAUAUAUCUAUUUUCUCUUU